ACACUCGUGGAUUGCUGUUCAACUCACUUCACUUCUCUCCCGGCGAUAACGAGUGAUUAUCUCUCAAAAAUCUCCUUAUGUCGCAGGUGAACGAGAAGGUUCCAGAAGUCAAGGAUGCCACCACUACCGAAUUUUGGACUCUAAACCUCAUAGGUAAGACUAUACGGUGUGGGCGUGGAAAACUGGCGUGGAAGCUAGUCCACCCGGGCAUACCACCCUGGAAAUGUGUGGUCAGCGGCGUGGGGGAGGGGCUUGAAGAAUUCGACCGACGUUGAGGGCAAUGGUCGGGGUGACGUGGCCGCCUUCUAUUGGAUGAGGUCUAACUAGCUGUUGAACGGCUAGUUUGAUGAAAAAAUGUACAAGAAACCUAUAUAUUUACAUUUUUUUAACUCAAAAUUUUCAAGUUUUUCGAAAUGUGAUGUACGCGUGCGUUAUUUCACAUAACAUGACUUUGGAGGACGAGGGACGCACAAUUUGCUAGUACUAUGAGGAGGGGAGUCAACCAAAUGGUGUAGAAAUAAGUGAUAAAGAGAAGAAGCGAACUCAAGGGAGCUUUAUGACAAUGUUACACACAACAACCUUCGAGUGGAAUUAGUUGAACACAUUUGGAGCGUUCCACGAAACGACGCUGACGAAGACGAUGAUUAAAGAGGAAACAAGUGAUCCAGCAGUGAAGAAAUCUUCACCUGAAUCAAGCUCUGCAGAUGCCCCAUCUGGAACAACACCUGCCAUACCAUCCAUGCCAGGUGCUGGAUUUCCUGCAAAUCCCUUUGACUUCUCAUCUAUGGCUGGUCUACUUAAUGACCCAAGUGUGAAAGAAUUAGCAGAACAAAUAGCAAAAGACCCCUCAUUCAACCAAAUGGCAGAGCAACUCCAGAAGACCUUUCAAGCCGGUGAAGGUGGUGUCCCUCAAUUUGACACACAGCAAUAUUAUACCACCAUGCAACAGGUUAUGCAAAACCCUCAGUUCAUGAGCAUGGCUGAACGCCUUGGUAGUGCCUUGAUGCAGGAUCCAUCAAUGUCUCAGAUGCUUGAGAGUUUAUCCAAUCCAGCUCAAAAGGAUCAGCUUGAAGAACGGAUGGCACGUAUCAAGGAAGAUCCAUCAUUGAAACAUAUUUUAGAAGAUAUAGAAACCGGUGGUCCGACCGCAAUGAUGAGGUACUGGAACGACAAAGAUGUUCUACAAAAACUGGGUGAAGCAAUGGGCCUCCCAGUUACGGGAGACCCUACCGCUUUUGCUGGAUAUUCAGGAGCAGGUGAAGAUGAAGAUGAACUAAAUCAGGAGUCUAUUGUUCAUCAAACUGCAAGCGUCGGUGAUGUGGAGGGUUUGAAGAAGGCGUUAGAGUCUGGUGCUGAUAAAGACGAAGAAGAUGCAGAGGGAAGGACAGCAUUGCAUUUUGCUUGCGGUUAUGGGGAGGUGAAAUGCGCUCAGGUUCUUCUUGAGGCUGGAGCCAAGGUUGAUGCUUUAGAUAAGAACAAGAACACUGCCCUCCAUUAUGCUGCUGGCUAUGGUCGGAAAGAAUGUGUUGCUCUUUUGCUCGAUAAUGGCGCUGCUGUAACACUACAAAACAUGGACGGCAAGACACCUAUUGAUGUUGCAAAACUAAAUAGCCAGAACGAUGUAUUGAAGCUGUUGGAAAAGGAUGCGUUCCUGUAAGCAUGAGGUGGUUGAUGGUUAGUGAAUGUUUGUGUUGAGAGGAAUUGGUUUGGUUCCCAUUAUAACUUAUGGUAUUGUUUCAUACUGUACUCAUUUUUAUUCACCUCAUACGUCUCUUGUUUUCGAUCACCA